GACCAAAUUUAUAUUUUCGCUUGUUUUGCUGGAGACUAUACUAGGCAUACUAGGCGUAGGCAAGUUUGAAUAAAUUCGUCAUAACGAAUAUAAUUUUUAUGUUAAAAAACUUUGCAUAAAAAUAUUGUAAAUAAGAUUAAAUUACUAUUGAGAUACUAAGUUCGUUGUUAUAUAUUAAAGGUCUAAUUAAUUAAAAAAACAGUUUAUUAAAUGCAAAUGCACAUUUAUAGUUUAGGCGCCAAACCACACAAAGCCAUGGACAAGGGAUGAGUUAGUGAUGUGACAUCUGACACUCUUCCACCAUUUAACUUAAACAUUACAAUAAUUAAUGAAACUUAAAAUUACAUAUUAUACUACCUAUAAUCUUAAAUACUUCGUUUAAAGAUUGUGAACAGUCUAUUAUCUGGUUAACAUGACGUUUCCAUUUUUGGCCGUCAACAAUAAAUGUGACACCUGGCACUACGAUAGGGAAUAUUACGUAAAACUCAUUGCAGAUAGCAGCACCAUCACCAUUGAUAACCAAACCACCCGUUACCAUGGUGCCCAUGCACGUGAUCGCUGUAAUGUUCCUUAUUGUGCCAGCUCCACACCAUCGGUGAACUUCGGAUUUUUGACUCGUGGUCCCACUGCCUAGUGGGCCUACUAGUUCGAAUAAAUAUACAUUGCGUGGUUUGUGAGCUUUUUUCCACAAGGAAAAACCAGCAAUUUAUGUACAUCGACACAGUCAAGUUCGUUUCCGAUAGGUGGAGCCAGCUUUACAGACAGACAGUGGUCUCACUUCAUAGUCACGGAGGUGAUGAAUAAACACAUAGAUCAACAAAAAAUACGACCAAUUGCUUUAUCUACUCGUGAAUUACCGAUAAAAAAAUGAUAAUCAGUAGUAGUAUUCCAAAGUGGGUUGACAUCUGAAUCUAUCAGACUUAUUUUUAACGCGUAGCCCGGGCUUCUGGAUGAGAGAGAAACUCAAAUAUUUAUUGAUUUUACGGACUUUUAAAAACUAACCUAGAUAAACCAAAAUCUAAUAUUUUCGCUAAUGCGCCUACUUUCUCAUUUUAUAAAAAAGUAUUAUCUUGCUGGUUGUCAGACAUAAACGCCAAACAAUCUUUGUUUAAUACUACACAAUUUGAUCCGAAAAUAUUCAACGCCAGCGCUGGUUUUGUUUAUAAUACAUCACACAUGUGCUAUAUGUCGAAUGGCACUUAUUACUUUUGUGCGAAGAUCGACGACGGGCUAACACGCACUUUGCAAGGCUACAUGGAAGUAUCUGGUCAACUAAUACAAGUACACGUAAAAUCCACCACACACAAAGGUUGGUUCACGGGCGUCACAGUCGUGAAAGUCGGGAGGAUAGCCGCAUUCGGCCUCGGCGGGGGGAUCCUCCUUCUCCACUUCGCGACGGAACUCGGGUACCUCACGGUGAACUGGGACCGCGUGAGGGAAACCAGCAGCAACUGCCAGGCCCUGGUGGAGAAGAUCGUGACAUUUGCGAGGAACCACAGCGGGUAUACUGUGGGGUUCAUUGGAGGAUUCUUCUUCGGGGUGGCGUCUACGUGAUAAGCUGAUGAAUCGAAAUAAAUUUGGUUAAGAAAAUCCUUUUGUGUAUGCAAUUGUGGAGAUUUAGCAAAAUCAAUUAUUUUUUCGUCCCAUUGAUGACAUUGAUGUGAAAAGCUCUUAGGUUGUUUGUAAAAGUCGAAGGGACAAGAAGAGACAUCCCUUAAAUCAAAAAAGCUGGUUCUUAGAUAAACAUUGUGAAGGGGUUGCAAUAUUUGAAGUCAAAAGUGAGAGCCUGUUGCGCAAAUUUGAAAUAUUAUUUUUAAAUUAGGUAUUAUCGUCUUAUCAAAGUUACGUCUCUAACUUAUUGUUACGAGUAUGAUUAAAAUCGUUUUUAAAUAGAACUAUUAUUGUUACGAGUAUGAUUAAAAUCAUUUUUAA